GGACCUUUCGGCUGAGGCGGAAGGGGGAGCGCGCGAAGGGGAGCAAGAGCGGAGACGACCGGAAAGCGGACGGAGCUUCGCGUGCUGCUAUCAUGGCGGAGGAGAACAUUUUCCUGUUUGUUCCCAAUCUGAUCGGCUACAGCCGCAUCGUCCUGGCGCUGCUCGCCUUCUACCUGAUGCCCUGCUGCCCCGCGGCCGCCCUGCUGCUCUACCUGCUCAGCGCGCUCCUGGACGCCUUCGACGGACACGCGGCCCGCGCGCUCAACCAAGGGACCAAGUUCGGAGCCAUGCUGGACAUGCUGACUGACCGCUGCGCCACCAUGUGCCUGCUGGUGAACCUGGCGCUGCUCUACCCCUCGUACGUGUUCUUCUUCCAGCUCAGCAUGAGCCUAGACAUCGCCAGCCACUGGCUGCACCUGCACAGCUCCAUGAUGAAGGGAGCGUCCAGUCACAAGACCAUCGACCUUUCGGGAAACCCCAUCCUGCGGCUGUACUACACCUCUCGGCCGGUGCUCUUCUUCAUGUGCAUGGGCAACGAGCUCUUCUUCUGCCUCCUCUACAUGCUGCACUUCGUCGAGGAGCCGCACCUCCUGCUGCAGUGCCUGCUGGGAGUCUGCGGGGUGGUCUGCGUGCUCAAGUCUGGGAUCAGCGUUCUUCACCUGGUCACUGCUGCCAACAACAUGGCAGCUGUGGAUCUCGCAGACAGGGAGAAGCAGAGGGGGAAGAGUGAGUGAGUUAGUGAGAGAGUCUAUAACCUGUUUACCUGUGGUUUUCUCAGACAGCAAGAAAAAGGGUGGGUGGGUGUGUGUGUGUGAGAGAGAGUGAGUGAGUGAGUGAGUAGCUGUCAGGCUGUAUAUUACACUUAUCUAGAUGUGGAGCUCAUGGACAGGGAGAAAGCGGGGGGAAUUGAAUGGGUGCACAAGCAGCUGUUGAUCAGUCCAUGUACAGGUGGGGGGUGCAGAGUAAAUGCCCGGGGGUCUUUCCGGAAAAGAGGAACAAAUGUCAGCGAGAUGUGUGUGAAUUUGUAUAUUUUUGUCUUGGCUAUAAGUACAGUCAAUUUUAUCAUGUUUGUAUUUAUUUAAAUGAGUUUUCAACAGAGGAUAGGUAUAUAUUAGCUUGUACAGUGUAUACAUAUGUAUGCUCAUAUUUCUUCAUAGUAGUGUGAUGUUCUGAGAUGUUUCUUGUGAAACAUGAAUUCUUAUUUCAGGAUCUCUCUAUCACACACACACACACACACACACACACACACAGAUGCACCUGUUGCAUUGCUGCCCUUGUUUGAUUUUCCUGCAGCACACGUCCUUAAUGCACAGGGUCGUGAUGCUGUGGUGUUUGGUUCAGUUUCUUUCCCUGAAACACAUUUCAGCGGGAGCAGGACAGUCCAUGGCGUUGCUUUCAUCCUGCAGCAAAGGUGCCAUUGAGGCCCGUGUCAAGUUUUCUCCGGCAGUCUUCUCUUGAUGGUCAGAUGGGGCUGCGCUCCGCUGUACCCUGCUGUACCCUGCUGUACCCUGCAGUCCAACUUCUGCUCUUACAUUAAUAUCGGCACUGGUGCGAAGGUGACUUGCACGUGUGCUGAGUGUUUGCAGUGCCUGUUGUAUACAUGAUGUCUGUUUCUUUCUGUACCCCCUGCAGUUGAAAUAAACGGUGUCCACGUGUUUCCACUGUUCGCCUCUUUCUCUUUAGCGCGCGGCCGCUGGCGCUGCGGAACCCUGUGACAAUCAUGUCACCUGUUCCGAGGUCUUCAUACAGGAUGCUCCAUUUCUUCUUCACAGGGGGGCGAUAAUGUAGCUCAGGUUUAAUGAGUAAAACAGAAAAACGGCAUAUGUUACGGUGCGUGACAAGGAGAAAAGAAAUGGUUUGUUUCUCCAGCUCAUGCGCUGCUCCAUUUCGAAAAUUUCCGUCGGACAAAAUGACAGUGGAAAAGGGGCGGGGCCUCGUGGGGAAAAGAGGCCCAAAGGGGGCGCUUUCCCUUUAAGGAGGAGGGCUGAAGACACGCGUUCCCUUUAAGCGGGAAGGGGUGCGCCGAGAAGAUACUCGCCUUUAAAAAGACGGGGGCCAUCGCGGCCGGGGAGACACCGAGGGGGGAGAGAAGAAGCGAUAAAAAAAGAAAAGCAAAAAAA